UAAAACGGAAUAAAAUGUCAGCCACCAAGGAGAAAGUGAUCAUGCUAGAGACUGAAAGAAGAGACCGUGAAAAGACAGAAUAAGAGACAAUCUUCACAGAUCCUGCCUGGUACUGCCGGGUUAACUGAUCUUCAUAGCUCUCGGAUACCUGCAGCCUGAAAACCGAACCAGUCAAUAAUCUUACUACAGAAAAUGAAGCUAUUCUGAGAGGUUGCCAGAAAUGCACGCUCAGCGAAGAUUCUGAUAGAGGGAUAGAGAACUGAGCUAACCUGAAAGGAAGCUUUGCGGUCUCCAACUGCCUUGUUACCUGCUCUGAUCAGACUAUGGAGAGUUCAGGAGGGCCGUAUCUGAACACAGCAGCAGUGGCAUCCCCGGUGGGAGUAGCCCGUUUGCUGCAGGUGGCGUUCGGAUGUACUACUUUCAGCCUGGUGGCCCAUCAGGGGGGAUUCAGUGCAGCCUAUGGCACUUUCUGCAUGUUCGUCUGGUGUUUCUGUUUUGCUGUCACCAUCUUUAUAAUAACCUGUGAGUUCACUCGUCUCCACAGCUGCCUGAGCAUCUCCUGGGGAAAUUUCACAGCUGCCUUUGCCAUGCUGGCCACACUCAUGUCCAUCACUGCGGCUGUGAUCUACCCGCUCUAUUUUGCCCAGUUUGGCUGUUAUUCCAUCAGUUGCAAGGUGAGAGAUUUCCGCAUAGCAGCCAGUGUCUUUGCAGGGCUCCUGUUCAUUGCGUAUGCUGUGGAGGUGUUUCUAACCAGAGCCAAGCCAGGACAGGUGACCAGCUACAUGGCCACAGUAUCUGGCCUCUUGAAAAUUGUCCAGGCCUUCGUGGCCUGCAUCAUCUUUGGGGCACUGGUAAAUGACAGUCAGUACAGCAAUUAUGUGGCUACACAAUGGUGUGUGGCUGUCUAUAGCUUCUGCUUUGUGGUGACAGUGGUGGUAGUGGCCUUCAAUGUCACAGGAAGGACAGCAAUGCUGCGGUGCCCCUUUGAGCGCUUCGUGGUCAUUUACACAUUCGUGGCCAUCCUCAUGUAUGUGAGUGCAGCAGUGAUCUGGCCAGUGUUCUGCUUUGAUAGUAAGUAUGGGUCCCCAUGGCGCCCCUACCAGUGCUCCCAGGGCAAAUGCCCCUGGGACAGCCAACUGGUGAUUGCUAUAUUUACUUAUGUGAACCUGGUGCUUUACAUUGUGGACCUGGCAUACUCUCAACGCAUCCGCUUUGUCUCACACCCUUAAAUUCCCAAUGCUGCCCCUGCAAAGCCAUCAGGGCUCAAGCAACAACAGAGCUGGGAAUCAGUUGGAGACAGGGGUCAUAGAAAGUAGCUGCUGAGCCAGACACACCAAUAAAUUAAACAAACUUCAAGGUUAAGACUAGACCUGUAAAUGAACAAUCUGUAAUGGGUGGGCAGCAGAUGAGUCGGGAAAGAAGACCACAACCUUUCUUACCCCCUCAACAUUUGCUUCCUCCCUUCUGUAUAGGGGAAAGGAAUAGCAUAGCAAACUGGAUAGUAUCCUUGCAUCUCCACCAAACAUGAACAUCUGCUGCAAGAGUGGCUACGUCUGCCACUGGAUUAUCAGGCCAAAUAUUAAGCAGGGAUCAGUGAGGUCGUGGGACUGCUACCAACACUGAACUCUAACCAAGAAGGGACUGUAUCCAGGGAGACUGAGGAGUUCAGAGACAGCACCAGCUCUAGAACAGAAUGAGGAUCCUUCAAAAUCCCAGACCUUUGAUGUUAUUUCUGUUAUGGCGAGAAAUUCAUUGCUUGUAAAUAUGGGAGGUUCUAGCAAAAUGGGUCUGAGGGGGAAAAACAUGACAGCAAUUACGCUGAUUUGAAGACUAGGAGCCCCCUCACUGGCCCACACACACUGUGGAAUAAGCGUCGCCUUGUGUAUGUGCCAGGUUGAAAAGGUUAGGGAUAUUCUUGUUAAGGACACUCUGAGCCAUUACAGAAGUGAAAGUUGCUGAGUCAUAGCUCUACUACCCAGAACUGGAGUGUGUGCUGGAUCCAAGGCCUCGAAAUAACCACUUUUAGUUUGAGCUGUUCACUGUUCACUCAAGCAGGGUCUGGAGAUACAGUAGCUCCGUGCUCAUGUAAAAGUUGCU